AUGGCGGUGGAGAAGCGCCUGGCGUUUUCUAUCGUCCAGUUCCUACGGGAUCAGACGCACGGCGGCACGUUGAAUUCUGACGAACAGGAGAGCUUGGAAGUUGCCAUCCAGUGUUUGGAGACCACCUUCAAGAUCACCUCCAGUGAUAGCCACCUGGCGGCACCGCAGCCCCUCAUGGAGGUCUUCCUUAACUCUCUGCUCAAGAACGACAACCUUAGCUCGCCAGUGACAUCACCUUCGCCUGAAGAUGCUGAACGAGCUGAACAGCUGAAAAACGAAGGUAAUAACCACAUGAAAGAGGAGAAUUACAGAAGCGCAGUGGAGUGCUACACCAAGGCCAUAGAUUUAGACCUGAGGAACGCUGUCUACUACUGUAACAGGGCGGCUGCUCAUAGUAAGCUGGGCGACUACACAGAGGCGACAGGCGAUUGCGAGCGAGCCAUCGGGAUUGAUCCUGGCUACAGCAAAGCGUACGGAAGGAUGGGUCUGGCACUGACAGCCAUGAACAAAUACCCAGAGGCCAUCUCCUAUUUCAAGAAAGCCCUGGUCCUGGAUCCGGACAACGACACGUACAAGUCCAACCUGAAGGUGGCUGAGCAGAAACAGAAGGAAGUCAGCAGUCCCAUAGCCGCUGGUUUGGGAUUCGACAUGGCCAGUUUAAUCAACAACCCCGCCUUUAUCAGCAUGGCGGCCAGUGUAAUGCAGAACCAACAAGUACAGCAGCUAAUGUCGGGAAUGAUGUCCAAUGCUGUGGGAGGCCCGGCUGCUGGAGUGGGAGGACUGAGCGACAUUUCCAGUUUGAUUGAAGCGGGGCAGCAAUUUGCCCAGCAGAUCCAGCAGCAGAACCCAGAGCUCAUCGAGCAGUUACGCAAUCACAUCCGAAGUCGAUCAUUCAGCGGGAGCGCGGAAGAGCACUCCUGA